AUGUGCUCUUCCGCCAUUCGUGUUGACGUCAUACACAACAACCACAACAAACGUCUUGCAACCAGCAUCGACGGCCUGCUGAGCCCCCGCGAGUGCGCCGCCUGGAUAAGGUACGGCGAAGGCCAGGGGUUCGAGCGGAGCUUCCAUAGACAGACGUCCGAGAUGGCUCACCGCGACAACGGGAGGAUAACCCUGCACAGCGCCGACGUCGCGGCCGCCGUAUUCGCAAGGGUGGGGAAGUUCGUGCCGGCCAACAUGGGCGGAAGGCGACCGUUAGCGUGCAACUCCAACAUCCGCAUCUACCGGUACGCCGUCGGGCAACGGUUCGGCAAGCACAUCGACGAAAGCGUCGACGACGAGAAUGGGCUGACCAGCCAGUGGACGGUCCUCAUCUACUUGAAUGGAGGAGGAGAAGGCGGCGGCGGCGCUGCUGCUGGUGGUGCAUCAGGAUCGAAGAAGAAGGGUAGGAGUGACGGAGGUGGGGCCUUUGCCGGCGCGGGGGAGGAAGGGGCGCCGCUUCGUGGGGGCGAGACUGUGUUUUACAAGGGUAACUACGGAGAUAAGGUUGCGGCGAGUUUCUCGCCGAGACAGGGGGCAUGCCUCGUUCACGGCCACGGGCAGCAAUGCCUCCUGCACGAAGGCGCCGCGGUGACCUCCGGAGUGAAGUACCUCCUUCGAACAGACGUCAUGUACGGGUAGGGGUUGGCCCCCCUCGAAUUUGCCCACCUCGCAAAAGCUGCGGGGAGCCUUUUUCGCCCCUGCCUGUAUACGUGCACGGACAGCAGUGGUCUCGGGCUGACCACGUUUAGGCAGGCUCUAGGAACGUGCGUGGGCGAGACCCUGUUUGAUCGUCGGUCAUGACCGCCCUCCCAACGUUUGGUUUCGGCUUGUGGUGCUCGGGGAGUGCUGAGCUCCCGACUCCAGGCAGGCUACGGACACGCUGAUGCUGUAAAUUUUGUACACAUAAACAAUCAGGUUGCGCGAUCCGAGAUGAGCAUGCUCAACGCGCCAACAAGCCCACGGUAUCUAGCUUGCCGAGGGAGCCACGAGCCACCUCGUAGACCCAGCGCACUCGGCUUUUGUAUGGCUGACUUCCGGGGGGUGGGGAGUUGUUGAGGUCCGCGGGACUCGUCCACGUGCACCGUCAACAAUUGACGAACAGCCCCAUGUAGUGCUUUCAGAACGCUUUUGUAGUCCCUACACCGAUUAAAUAGUUGUGCAGCCCCUCUGCACACUUCUGUUGCAGCAGAUGUAUCCCUUUUCAGAGCGGCCGCCCAACAUAUCACAGCACACAAACUGCAGUUGGGAGACCAGAUUGGGAGGACCACUCGAUCGAGCGAAUCACGAUCAUUGUCCAAUCACCUCCUCCCAGACACCAACCGAUUUGCACUGAGCCACGGGGAAACGCAAAGUGCAGCAAGCGAAAAAGCACGGGUCAAAGGCAGGGUGGUGGGCGGGCGUGCGGGCGGAUGGUUUGUGGUGGUUAGGGAAGAUGCCAACUGCAAAAGAGGUGGUCAACUUUUCCUG